CGUGAACGGUGUUCCAUACACGACACACACGCAAAGCAUAUUUGUUCUCGAUAGGGUAAGACUUUGGGGAACACCCAAAAUCGGAAACAAUUCCAACGAACAGCCACUGGGAGUCGACCUAGUUCUUAUUGUGGGACCUGGGGACAACCGAUGGCGCACAGUAGGAUCCCAAUCCAUUCGAUAACAUUGUAUAAUAGCAGCCAUGGACCAGGAGAGAAAAGUAGGCUCGAGGCCUUCGGACAAGCGCCGUCAUGGUUUUGAAUCCCCCGAGGGAAUGGAAAUGAAAGAUUUGCCAGCAGCUCCCAAGCCCAGGACAGCAGUCUCGGCAGGCGGAAUGUCAGGAUCCCAACAACAACAACAACAACAACGAGAACAACCGUAUCCCGUACCAAUUUCGAUGACGGCAUCCGUUUCCUCGCAAAGCCCUCCACCUACGGACAUUUUGGCAUCGACGACCAUUUCUACUGUCGAAUCGACUCCCCCCUCCGUCAGGGCAGCAGCGACUCUUUUACUUGCCGAAGAGCUUGCAACUGAUUCGCCUCCACAGCAGAUUGCYAGGAGGGUGGAAGAAACACCCACGAAACCGGGAAAGAGGCGGCUGUUCUUCACGCCCUCGCGCAGGGACGCAAAAAAGUCACCGCAACCCUCGGCGGGUCGACGRCAACAAGCCGCCGCCCWAUCUCCUGGAUCCCAACCAUCUUCACAGCAAUAUUCCCAGGCUAUUACAGGMAGAGGGCAACAUCAAUUUCAAACCCCCGGAUCGGCUUCGUCAGCAAUGAAAACCCCAGGACGACGAUCCUCGGGGCGACGCCAGCGGCGGMCACCGGGAUCUCGAUCUGGACUCUCUGGACUUUCGUCGACGACGCCCCGCUCCGCCAGUCACAGGACCCCAUCUCGACGAAAGUUCAAUCCGCUUGGUAAGAUAUCCGACAUUUUCAGUCCGCAGUCGCCUCCGUCCUUUUCUUCGACAUCCCCGAAUAGGGCAGAUGGUCACUCCCCCGGCGACAGCUUCGGUCUUGCAGGAGUAGGCGAGAAUAGAAGCCUUGUUUCUGCAGAAAGUUCGGAUGCUAGCAGUGUUUCCACUUCCAACAGCGUCAAGGAACCAUUUGUCGAGCAGGUAGAACGACUAAACGAACUCUUGGCAACACCCUCACAGCAGCUAGGGGACUUGGCACACACGCCCCUCAACGAAUUCAAUUCGGACGAUGACCUAGACGAAGAAAUGGAGGACUUGGAAGCGAGUCGCAUUAUGCUGRCAGAAGAGCUGUCCAAGGUCGACUAUUCAUUGUUAGGAGGCGGCGGCGAUGACUCCAGUGGCAUUGACUGGAAAGGUGGAACGGCAGCAUCACCACAAGGAGAUAACAGCAGUGAUUGGAGACCCUUAUUGACAGCCGAAGAUCACCACCCUCCGAACUUUUCUCCUAUCGGACAGUUACGAAAGAAGAAAGUGACUGCUUCUGCUUCCACCGUCGACAGACCACCACGCCCAAAAAUGAUGGGGAAAUCUGCACUACAAACCAGCAGUAGCAGUAGCAACAUCAGUCCCAACAUAAGCCAGGAUGUGACGAUCUAUUCGGGCGACGAAUAUUACUCUCCGAGCAUGAGYAGUGCCAAUGCGACAAUCCAUUCGGGUGACGAGUAUUUCUCUCCGGAAAAAAGAAGCAAAGACGAAGAACUCGGAGAAACCGAAGCCACAGCGUCAACGCCAGCUGCACAAGAAAUAGAAUUAGAUCGAAAGCCCGCUGCGAAGAAAUCAUUGAAAGUGAAAAAUACGAGGACCAAAAUAAAGAAGAAUGUAAAUUAUGAAUCACUCAACACACCUCCUAGGGAAAGGGAAAAACAAAAGAAUGUACCAAUAGAAAAGGAGAAGAGAGAGAAGAAGGGAAGUAAACGCGAAAAAACGAAAUAUACGCCGCUCAAUAUAAGACGGGAAGACGAGAGCGCAACAACAACAAGAUCURCUACUUUACAAGGAGACGGAGAUCACAAUGAGAUAACCUUUGUUCCCAGUCAAGAGGAAGUCAAAGACUUGGCACCGGGCCGAUUGAUGCCAAACCCAUCGAGCUUUGCKCAAGUCGAACAGGAAGAGGAUCCAAGGAAGAACCGCAGAGAUCGGAAAGUAAAACCUACAACGGCAAUACCGGCGGCCAGAAAAGGGAUUCAGGUGGUGUCCAAACAUGUCGAUGGCUCGUCCAGUGGGGAAUCAGAAAAAUAUACAGGRCAAGCAACAACGGCACUAAAGCCCCGCCCACGCCCCUUGAAUAUUCAAGGGAAGGGGAAUUUGAAGGCACCGCCAACAAYCGCUUUGUCUGUGAAGGGGAAAACCGAAAAGGAAGAGACAGAAACGAAAAAAUCUUGUAAUUCUUCAGUYGACCAAAAAAGYUACGCCAAGCGAUUCGGAAKGAAAGAAGUAGACCCGGUCCACCUGACACCUAUCACGAAACACAAGGAAGUAGAACUAAAGGAAAAGCAGUCGGAAAAAUCGUCCCCCGAAUCUAACUCGAGUUCGACGUUUGAUCCUUUCGGCUUUGUUGCAAGGGGAGAAUCUCAAUUGUCGUCUGUGGAUAUGGGAUCUGGAGAUAGCAGUAGGGGAUCGCCGACAUCGUCUUCAACAGCGAGCAGAAACGAMAACCCAAGUAUUUUUCAGUCUUUCCUCUCUUUUGCCGAGAGGUUUGAUGAUGGAGGGACCCCGAGAGGAAGAAAGAAAUCGAYGUAUACCCCGAAACGUGACGUAGAUCAUUCAAGGCGCGUCCUAGAACAUCUGAAUACAAUUUUUACACCUUCGGGAAAUGAAAAUCCAAACCUGUCUUCCAUCACACCUGAGCGAAGCACUAUGCCGCUCAUAAGCGCUACAGAAUCCCCCGAUGCUGCCAAGGAAAGCUCACGGGAGAAGAAAUCGGAGUCAGAAGAGGAAGAAAUAUUUUCAACUCCACCGCGAGACAAUGACAUUGGAGAUGAUAGCAUUUUUGGAUUGUCCCCUAUAAGCCAGAACUCAGAACAGAUCCAUCUAUCAACCGGGGACGACCUUUCGCGGGAAGAAGCCAUCACUGCCCUUCUUUCGGCGAAAAGGCCAUCCAAUAAAUCGAAAGUUGCGUCCAAGAAAACAGGGUCGGUGGCUCCCGCCGCGGCUCAGGCACGUAAGUCCAAGGACGAGAAGCCGCCAAAAAUAAAUGAUCCGUCCACGAUUGUAACGAUCCUAAACGACGAUGGAGAUGACGAUAUUUUUUACGACCCAGAAACACCACACGCAAACGAAUCUGAUGAUGUUCUUACACCCCUACCCGGUGACAAAGACCACUUCGUUAAAUUUGACAAGUCUCAAAUGCCCGGGAGUUACGACAACGAAGAUGAAGUGACUCCUACUCCASCGAAGGGAAUAACUCCAAAAUCAAGAUGCAAGAGGAUAUUGUUACUCAUGGCGAUCAUAGUGUUCGUCAUUGGCUUUGCUCUUGUUUUAGGAACUUUGUUUUACCCACGCGAAGAAACAGUCCCUACACCUUCACCAAGCGCAAUCAUCAGUCCCGCUCAACAAAGAACAUCAGCUCCAAGUGCACUCCAUUCAGAGUCCUCAUUGCAUCCAACGAAGACAUCUAUGCCGUUAAAUAUGGACUCACCUUCUCUUUCUCCGACGAAUAGUGGAUCGGAAUUUCCUACGGCGUUGAGUAUCAAUUCCUUUAACAUCCCGUACGAUGUUUACAUUACAAACGGCCGCGUCAACCGUAUUCCCCAAUCAGAKUAUGUACCGGAAUUGAUCAGAAGCAUGGAUUUACUCACUGAUGACAUUCUGUUGAAUAUCAAGAAGAGGAGAAGUGGAGGAGAAAGGAGACUUACGGAGGUUCUCUUACCUACAACAAUUACURAUGUAUCUGAUGUGCCGUGCCCAACGGAUGUAACUGAAGAUAGCUUGUGCCAGGAGGUCAACGCUAAAAUUUCUCUGUUGGAUGCCGAGAACACGUGGGAACAAUUCAAAGACACGAUGGAACUUGCGAUCGAAAUUGGAAGGUUGCAAUAUUACUUGCAAAUKGUAGACCCRAAUUCUCCGGCUGAAGUUAUAGAUGCAGGAUGGACUCCUCCAGUACCAACACCUGCUCCCACCGCAAAGCAUUCUUCCGCGCCGCUGUCAYCUCCCUUGCUAAACUUUUUAAAAGAAAAAUCCUUUGACGACGGGGAGGCGCUCAAUGAUACGGAGUCUCCACAAUAUAGGGCUUAUGUUUGGCUACACAGAAAUUACGAGCUGUCUAAAUUUUCAGAAAAACAGAAAUUGCAAAGGUUUGCGAUGGCUACCUUAUACUACGCAACAAAUGGUGAUCAAUGGCUAUUAAAUGACCUAUGGCUUAGUGAUAGAACGAUAUGUAAAUGGUUCAACAAGAAAAAAUCUCCAUGUAAUACAAAAGGAGACUUGCUUCAUCUGGAACUUGAUCUCAACAACCUUGGUGGUUCUCUACCUGGGGAAUUAGGGUUAUUGUCUUCCUUGAAAACCAUYACUCUUCAUGGAGGUCCAUAUAGUUACAUACAAGGAACACUGCCGAUGGAAUUGGGUUAUCUUAGUCAAUUGAAGACUCUUGUUUUGCGAAAUAAUGACAUGGAUGGAGCAAUACCAUCUGAGAUCGGAAACUGUCAAAAUUUGGGCGAGUUAGAUUUGUCACGAAAUAACUUUGAAGGGAAACUUCCGUCAGAAAUUGGGAAUUUCGCUGACYUAACGUCGUUUGAUAUCAGUGCCAAUUUCUUUUCUGGAAGUCUUCCCACUGAAWUGGGAAUGAUGAGAAACUGCAGGAAGAUGUUCUUUGAAUACAACCAUUUCGCUUCAGACAUUCCAACAGAAAUAGGAUAUCUCAAAGACCUUCAAGCCAUUAGGGGUGGAGGAAAUGURUUGAAUUUCCUACCUACMGAACUAGGGGAGUUGAAAUCUGCCGAUAUAAUAUCAUUCAGAGAUUCAAGUCUUAUGGGUGCGAUUCCAACAGAGCUCGGUUGGCUUCGAAAUCUACGUAAGUUUUUUAUGACUGGAAUGUGCAUAUUGGUUGCGUAUUUUGACACCAUUUCGUUUGCAUCUGAUAGACAAAAACUUUGUCAAUCUAAAUUAUCUACCAAUUUUUACAUACAGGUCGUUUGGAGCUUCAUAAUAAUAGCCUAAGCGGUAGCAUCCCCUCUGAGCUCGCUAGUAUCAAAAGCUUACACGACCAGCUGGAUCUCUCGCGCAAUGAGCUUUCUGGACCGGUACCAACAGAAUUAGGRUGGCUUUCUGAUCUCAGUAAGUUAAGAUUGUAUGCUGUAUCGUUGCUGGAGUAUUCCUGUUGAAUUUGGUCCAAGGAUCCUAAACAAAACAAUUUAAUGGGAUUCUCAUUGGUCAUUGCAUUCCUUUUGACCAAAWUUUAGGAGUCUUGAAACUACAUCAUAAUUCAUUAUCUGGAACGGUUCCAUCCGAACUUUCUCAAAUGGGCAAAUUAAUAUCGAUCGAAAUCAACGGGAAUGAUUUAUCGGGAACGAUCCCYUCUGAUGUGUGUAAAACCUUUGAUGUGACCUAUCCRCAAUUCCAGGCUGAUUGUGACGACUUCGAGGAUAACUGUCCUUGUUGYACCAUUUGCUGCGUCGGCGACACGUGCAAAUGCCGAUACUUGGAUACGUCUCGGAAGUACCUAUGUUUUCAGAAAAGGAAAGGUUUUGUUUAGCAACACCAUUGUGAUGAUAUUUCAGACAU